UCACAACGCUGGACAACAUGGCGAAGAAACAACGUGGGAAAGCGAGCUCGUCGUCAAAGACGGCGGACAUCGAAAAGCCCACAGAGAGUUUCACCUUGUCGCUGGAGUCUAGCGACGAUGAAGCUCCAGAGGAGGUGACCUUUGAAGACUCCAAAGCUGAGGCUCUGCGGAGCAUGAAACAGGCGCUGGAUACCGCUAGAAGGGAAAAACAGCUGCUAAAAGAGAAAAGGAGGAAGAGACAGGAGCUCUUCCAAGAACAGAAGAAAAGAAAACUCUUAUCGGCUGACGUGUUGGAGGAAAUCGACUCAGCUUCCUCAAAGAAGCAGAAACAGUCUGAAGAUGAAGGUGAACAGGAGGAAAAGCCAGAAAAAGAGGGGGGAGAUGGAACGAAGAAGAAGAAAAAGAAAAGGAGUGGGAAAUUGGCAAAUGCCCGGAAUCUGAAGGGGAAGUACACAGUGACGACGGUGAAGGAGCGAACGCUGGCGUCCUUCCAACAGCAGGUGGCCGAAGAGUUCCUCCGGUCCAGACUGUACGGACCAGGAACCUGCAGGACCACAAGUAAUGAGAUGCUGUCCCUCCAGAACAAGAAGGGGUGGAAUAAAAGUGCGGCAGUGCAGUUUGUCAAGAAAGACUGGGCCUCUAAGGAGAAAGCAAAAGCAGAGAAGCUGAAGAAGAGGUGGCUCCACAAACAGCAGAUUCCCUCCUGUUGAUGGGACGUAAGCAAGCAGCCUGUGAGCACACUUCUCCCCACGGCUGUUUAAAAGGACUCAAAACAGUCAGCAUCACUGAGGAGGGGGUGGCAGCACUGUUGAAGCUUCAGGAUGGGACAGUAUACAGACUCUGAACUUGUCACAGAGACUCAAAAGACUGAGAUCCCACCAAACUAAAGUCCUUUAACAGGUUCUUCAUCACGGCUUUACCUAGAAGCAAAGGUUUUAUUACUGGGUCUCAAAGUUUGUAAGGCUUUAAUGUGAAGUUCUUGUGUUUCGUGUUUUCAAACCUGAAAGGCUAAAAAUCAGAUGUUUUGCUUUUUUUUUCUGUAAAAAUUCUGUAUGAAUAAAUGCUGAUUGUUUUCUAUUUCAUAUUUUUAUGAGAUAAAAACCCUGAUGCUUUCAUCAGGUGUUCAUUUGCAUUCAAAAACAAAAAUGCAAACGAUGACGUGGUUGAGUAUCAGCACAGCUUCUUUGGUAAUUAAACUUAAUUCAGACAUAAGAGAAAAAUAGCACUCAAAUAAUCCUGAGUUGAAAUAUGAAAUGACAAUUUUUAGAAGACAAAAAGUAAGUUGAACUAUAGUGCCAAUCUAUGGACAUUUUACUGUGAAUAUGCAAAUUUAUGGGUAGUUUAUCAUGAAAUAUGUACAUACACAGCUUUUGUUAUAUAUUUUUUUUUACUAUUUUCAGUCCAAAACACUGAAUCCUUCUCAGAUACAAAGGCUUGAAAAGUUGGGAUCUGUCAUUACUUAAAGCUCUCGUAGUAUCACAUCCUAUCAGAGCACUUUGCUCAGACUGCAGGCUGACUUGUGGUUUUUAAAGGUAGAAUGAGAUGAAGUAUCUUGUUCCUGUGGAACCAGCUCCCAGUUUGGGAGAGCAAAGCCCUAUUUUAAGAUUAGCCUUCAAAGUGUCAGGCAACCCUGCACCUUCCAUGCUACAGGUUCAGGCUGCUGGGGGACUUUUCAUGAUGCACUGAGCAGUCUCCACUCACCUUUCUUCAGUCCCCAUGAGUUUAUAUGCCUUUAUUUUCUCUCCCUCUUCAAUAUUUUGUUUUUUUUCUCUCUCUAUGCUUUCAAUUUCCCCCUCACCUCCCCUACCAGUGGGCUGGUAGAUAGCUGGCCCUCCCCAAGUCUGAUCAAAGGUGGUUCUUCCUUCCCGCAGUCGCCAGUUCUACUAAUAUGGUAGAGGCUGGUCAUUGGGCUUCAUUCACUGAAUUUUGUUUCAGUUAUUGUAAAAGUGCAAGAAACCCCAGAGUUAAAAAAAAAAAGAAUCUUUGAACAUGUUAUUUUGAAUUAAACUGAACUCGAUUUAAACUUCUGCUUCAGGUGUCAUGCAGCAUCCACACACGUGCUAUCAUCAUUUGUCAUUUUUAAUAUAAAUCUUUUCACCCUCACACAAAUUGCACAUUUUUUUUCUCCAAAUGGACACACAGUCAGCAGUGGACAACUUACUGGUUGACAUCUUCCUUAUACACCGUGAACUGGCUAAAAGAAGGAGAAACAAAAAGAAUAAAAUAAGAGACAUCUAACUUGAUCUUACCACCACUUUACUAUGGCAUGCAUAGGUUUCAGACCUUACUCAGAAAGAGACAACAGACACUUUGUCUAAGAAGUUUUCUAAACGAUGCCGUGACUGCUUGCGAUCCAAAGAAACAAACAAACAAAAAAAAGAAAACAGAAAGAAAAGAAACAAACCAAAGUACAGAAAGCUUGGUUCCACCGUGAGGAAAAAUACCAACUCUGGAUUCCUGGGUGGGUGUGAGGGCCAGGGGCUAGAGGAAAAGAUGGAUGUUGUGUCAAGCGAAAGCCUCGGCCUUCCUGUUUCUCUGCGAGUGGCGAGCAUGAACACAGGCCUAAAAAACACAGCUGCGAUACAUUUUGGUUUAACGUGGAAGCCACAGUGCAGGUGACAAUUCUGGAUUUUUUUUCUUCUUAAAGUCUUUUUUCUUUUUACAUCUUUACAGACUAAGAGGCCAAAAACAAAAAACAAAAAAACCCCAAUUCUGUUAAUAAAACUGAAACCCGCAAGGUCACUAAAGCUCUCCUCUGAGGGGUGAUGGGUAUGCAUUUUCAGGAAGUUCAGAAAUAAAAACUGGAUAGAUUUACUCCCUGCUGGAUUUUGCUGAGUAAAAAAAAAAAAAGCUCUGGGGGCAAUUUGGUGGUAAAAGUACCAAGUUAAAAGUAUUUACUGUUUCUAUGGUUUAAGCUGAACUAACAGCCUCUCCAUUAAUACAAAGAGAGGGGUGAGGUUUUGGCACCCACUGAUGACGGUACUGGUUUGAUUAAAGACAGUUGGAGCCAAGUUAACACAGGAGGAAAACUGGAGAUGGUCAUGAAUAAGGUCAUCUUCAGGUAAAGAUACAGAUUAAUGCAUAUAUAAAUAUAUAUAAGUUCUGAGGCUCUGCCAUAAAAAACAAAAACCAUCACUGAUUUAAAUGUAGCUGAUCCAAGGUCAUUAUGUUGUGCACCUCUGGAUCAUUUGCAGGGUUACCUGAAACACAGAUCAGUUGGAAGUCCCGUUCUGACAUUUCUGAUACACGUAAGAAGUUGCAGGGCAUCAAAUCUGACUAAUUUACUCUACGACCAGCUGCUGAAUGAUGGCACACAUGCCACACAAUUUCACUUCAAUUAUACAAAUGUUCUGCCUCAGGCAUUACAGUCUCACUCCGAGGGAUCAAUUUACAUCGUUCAUCCAUUAAAACAUUUAGUGUGAUCACGAACACGCUGGUGACCCGUUGCACGGCUUUGUGCGUGGACCCUGUGGACUCCUGCACUGAAAACUGCUGUCUGUUCUCACGAGCUGUAACCUGAGAGACUUGGCUCUCAUUAUCAGUGGUCUUCAGCAUAAAAGUGGGGUCAGAGUGAUGGAACCUGACGUUUGGGAUCUGGGAUCAACAAUGCAGAGCACAACAGUGAUGUAACAGAAGCGGCAACACUGAACGCAGUCGAAAGGUGCACGGGAAGAAGUCCCUGAAGUAGAGGUCAGCCACAUUUAAAUCGAAGGAUUUACUCUUUUUUUUUUUCUUUUUUUUUUGAAGGGCGGGGUCUUGACUUUAUGACGUACUCACGGAAAAAAACAAAAACACAGUUUUUUGUUUUGUUUUUUUUGUCUUGUUUUUUUUAGGAGACAGGAAAUUUAAGUUUGACUUUAAAUGGCUUAAAUGGCUGAGCUACCUCAGAGGCCGAUUUCACACCAGCUCAGUUUUUCUCAUCUGAUUUAAAUUACCAAAAGUCGAGUCAGCAUUCAAUAGAGGCACAGGGGCCAAUCAGCUGCUUCUAAACCAAGAAUGAUGAACAAGAGGGUAUUUUGGCUCCUGAGUUUGCUGGGGGGUUAAAGAUUAGCAUAGAGAGAUACAAAAAUAAAUAUUAACAAUGUUUGGGACAAAUUUUUUGUGUGGCUGAGGGUUUACCAAGGGGGGAGGGAGGGUAACAGAUAAAAUGCAGUCAGAGGUCAAAGCAGGGCUCCUACACAGCGCAGUCAUCAUAGAAAAUCCAGCAGAAGUGUCUGAAGACGCUCUCAGCUCGGCUGUAGUGACUUCAUGGACAACAUGUAAAAUCUGCAGCCAAGUUCUUAGAACUAAAAACCUGUUUUUUUCCAGAAUUUUCCAGACCUGGAGUUUGUGUCAACUUUCACCUGUGUAGGAACCCUGGAUUCAACCAAAGAGGAAAAUUUUACAAACUGGGAACAACCAGAACACUUCAGGGGUCACUGGUGUCAGCACAAAGCAUUAAAGGACUGUUUUUUUUUUCAGUGAUUUCUAUAACUAAAUAUGUCGCUCUAUUGAUAUAAUUUUAUUUUGUUAAAUUCAUAUUUAAACGUUAACAUGUACACACGCUCGUCACUGGUAAUCGGUAGAAUCGGGCCCUUUAUUAUAAUAAGUUGGAGGAACUUGCUCUCGCUGGCGCUCAACAAAUAUACUGUGAAUGCAAGUAACAAUAAUUAAUAUAUUGAUAAUUAGAAUAAUAAUAAGAAUAAUCAUCGUCGUCUGCACCAUGCCUUGUAAACCUGGAAAAACUAAACAAAACAAGAGCCAGGUAACCCCGCCU